AUGUUCUUUAAUACUUAUGAAGAAUUAUGUGAGGCACCUUUAGCAUCAGUAACGACAAUUCAUGAUUAUGUCUUUGCAAGUUUUAUUGGAGAUGAUUCUAAAAUUAAAGUAUAUAAAAUUGAUAUAUCAGAAGCAGAUAAAACAAUUUUAAAACAUAUAUGUUAUUUAGAAAGUAAACAUGGAGGAUUAACUAGACUUGUUUCAUCUCCAAAUAAAAUGAAUAUCUUAGGAGUAACAUGUUAUGGUUGGAUAUAUGGAUGGAAUAUUAAUGAUAUUAAAGAAAUUAAUUAUUCUAAUAAUUCAAUCAAUAUUUUACCUAAACCAAGAUUAUGUUGUACAAUUGGACAUCCUGGGGAAAGUAUUUGUAUUGAUUUUUUAAAUAAUAAUAUUUUUAUUGUAGCUGGUAUUAAUCCUGGAUCUAGUAUAAUCUUUGUAUCAGUAGAAACAGGUAAAGUUUUAGCACGUAAUAUUUCACAAACAGACGAAACAAGUAGUUUAGCUUGGCCUGUUUAUUAUAGUGUUGAAGAAAAAGAUCGUAAACAUUUAAAACAAGAAUUAGCAAUUUAUUCAUUUACAACUAUUGCCGUUGAAUUAAGCCUUAGUGGAGGAUGUUGGAUUGCUCUUGGUGACUCUAAUGGAUUUAUUGUUAUUUUUUAUAUUGCAUCUUCAGUAAUAAGUCGUAUUGAAGAACGUAUAUAUUCUGAAGAUUUUAAAAAUGAAAUUCUUCUUUCUAAUAAUGAUAUAUUAUGGGUAUCUCAUCAAAUAUGUGAAUUAUGUACUGAAAUACGUUCAUUAUGUUGGAGGCCAAGAACUCAAUCUCAACAAUCAUUAUGUUUAGUUUGUGGAACUACAGAUUCACUGAUACGUUAUUGUUUUAUAGAAUCAGAUCGCAAAAUAUUAAGUAUUAAACGUGUUAAUCUUGUUAAAACUACAGAUGGAACAUUUUCAAAUGGUGAAAUUAGAUCUUUAGCAUUUUCGCAAUUAGAAAAUGAUAAAUCACAGACUUUAAUUGCAGCCUGUAAUAUGUUUUCAUCAUCAAAAAAACAUCCAUUAUUUAUUUCAUCUGAUAAAAUAUCAAGAAGAAAUCAAUCAUUUUGUUCUUUUAAAGUAUAUACACAAGAUUAUCAAGGUAAUAAUUCUAGUGGAAUAAUACCAAUAUAUUCUAUUGGUACUCAUCAAGAUUUAAUAACAUGUAUAUGUGCAAGUUCUUGUGGCAAAUAUAUUUUAUCUGUAUCUAUAGAUAAAGUAAUACGUCUUUAUUCAAGAUAA